UCCCCCAUGGGAAAAGGCGGGGGCUGUAUCCCCAGCAAAAAGAAAGAUACCUCCUCUGCCGAAGACUCCUCCCGCCACCGUGGCUUCACCACUAUCACUAACAUUGCCGACAACGCACCCAUCGAUGCCGAUGAAGGAACCCACGGAACCGCCACUGUAACGGUGAAUUCUACUACUCCCCCAUCUGUUACCGCCACUUUAAAAGUCUUUAUUAUUUACUACUCCAUGUAUGGUCACGUGGAGAUACUGGCGAAGCGGAUUAAGAAAGGCUUCGACGGCGUGAAAGGUGUCGAGGGGGUUCUUUAUAGGAUUCCCGAGACUCUCCCCGCUGAUGUCGUGGAGCAUAUGAAGGCGCCUUCUAAAACCCCCGAGGUUUCGGAGAUUCAGGUUGCGGAAUUGGCGGAGGCGGAUGGGUUCCUAUUUGGAUUUCCGACGAGGUAUGGGUGUAUGGCGGCUCAAAUGAAGGCGUUUUUCGACUCCACGGGGCACCUUUGGAAGGAGCAGACGCUGACGGGGAAGCCAGCUGGGUUCUUUGUUAGUUCUGGAACUCAAGGAGGCGGCCAAGAAACCACUGCUUGGACGGCAAUAACUCAAUUGGUACACCAUGGAAUGCUAUUUGUUCCCAUUGGCUACACUUUCGGAGCUGGUAUGUUCAGGAUGGAUUCCUUACGAGGUGGUUCACCCUACGGUGCCGGUGUUUACGCCGGUGACGGCUCAAGAGAGCCAACUGAAAGCGAGCUGGGUCUCGCGGAGCAUCAGGGGAAAUACAUGGCUGCUAUGGUCAAGAGGCUUUGUUGAGAAAGAUGUACAUUAUUUGAUUUUCUUCUGUCUUGGUUUGGCAAUGGCACUGGGAUUCUUCGUUUGUAUAAUUUCAGUGUUGUAAUUUACUCAAAAGCUUGGUUUGAUAAAAUAAAUCUUGCCUUUUGUUUUUU